CCAUAUGGUGAAUGUGGUAUGCCACAAGUGUGGUACGCGUUCCCUUUGACUAGUGAUUCAGAACCACGUGAUACGCGACCCUUUCAACCCAGACAUGAAUAUUAGCUAAUGUUUUUAAUACGCAUUCAUAAAUGACUGCGCAGCAGAACCGUUUUAGAAGAAUGCUGAUCCUGGGUUUCCAUGGUUGCUAGUUCAAUUGCGGUGCGUCCUUUGAACUUGAGUGGCCAGAAAAAUGGCAUUUAGCAAACUAACGUUAGCUCAUUUUAACUUUUGACAAAGAAAAUAACAAUUUGAAAAUACUGAAACGAGUUCCUACCUGGUGUAUCUACCACUUAUGUCAUAUUUUGAGACAUUCUCGGACAUGGCUAUGAAGACUCGCCGGUCAGGCGACCAGGCCCAGUUUUGCCCUGAAAGUGACGAGGAAUUGUUCAACUCAACCAAAGACAUCCCAAAUGAUGGAAAGGGUAAACGCGUUGCAUUUGCUCUUCAUGUCAACAAACGACAAGCACGAAAAUGUGUUUCUCUCUGCGUUUUGCAAACCGAAGAUGGCGUUUCUGACGGGUCUGACUCUGCUUUUAUUCGAGAUAAAGUAGGCAUAACUGUGCGGUAUUUUAUGAACAUUGGAAUCACAGUCAUUAUUGCUGUCUUGGCUGGACUUCUACAUUGGGCUCAUCUAACAAACCUCUUUGAAAAUGACAAACAUUUUUCACACCUAUCUUCGAUUGAAAAAGAAAUGGCUUUCCGCACUGAAAUGGGUCUGUAUUAUUCCUAUUUCAAGAUCUUCAUCAACGCGCCAUCCUUUUUGCAUGGUCUCCACUUGAUCAUGAAUGACAGGUUCUCUGAGUAUCCUCUUGUUAUCAAUGCUCUGAAGAGGUUCAAUCUGUACCCAGAGGUUUUCCUUGGCAGCCUGUUCAGGAUUUACACUGGCAUCAUGGACUUCUUUGGAAUCCCCACCAAGGCAUGUUGGAAUGUCAACAGAGCAGAUGGACUGAAUCCAGUAGAGAGCUGUGAAGGCAUGGGGGAUGCAGCCUACUUCUAUGUCUCCUGUGUCUUCCUGCUUAAUGGGGUAAUGAUGAGCCUGUUCUACAUCUACGGGACUUACCUAAGUGGCAGUCGUCUUGGAGGGGUCGUCACUGUCCUGUGUCUCUUCUUCAACCAUGGAGAGAGCACUCGGGUCAUGUGGACUCCACCGCUGAGGGAGAGCUUCUCCUAUCCCUUCUUUGUCCUGCAGAUGCUGCUGUUAACACGCAUUCUCAGGCGUUCCAAACUUGAAAGAAGAUCCCUAGUAGCUCUUGGUGCUUGCAAUGUGUUGUUCCUUCUUCCUUGGCCAUUUGCCCAGUUUGUUUUGCUAACUCAGAUUGCAUGCCUGUUUGCAUGUUAUUUUAUGGGCUAUCUCUCCACUUCCAAGAUGAAAUCACUACUUGUUGUGCAUUUGGCUUCAUUUGCCAUCUGCUUUGUCAUGCUGUUUGGGAAAUUGGAACUUUUGACAUCUUUUUACAUUUCUUCCCUGGUUGCUGGCUGGGCCAUCAUCGCACUGAGAGACGAUAUCACAAGAGUCUGCAAACUUGGAAUCGUCACAAUUUUUGUUCAAGGUAUUGCCUGGUUUACCUCCACUGUGCUUCUCAAAUUCUUCAUUUCGUUCAUCCUCGGAGCGUCCAAUGAUGCUCACAUUGGCAACUUGAUCAGAUCCAAGUUGACCAACUACAAGGAUUUCCACACGUUGAUGUACACCUGUGCUGCAGAGUUCGACUUUAUUGAGCUGGAGACUUUGUUGGGAUACGUUAAGACAUUGAUACUCCCGGUAAACAUAGUUAUUGUAGCCAUCAUUUCUGGAAAGGCAAUUAAAGAAGUCUGGAGAUCUCUUAGGCGCGAAAGAGUUGACUCUAAAGAAGACGUCGAUAUUGACACUGAGCAGAUGGCACAGUUUGCUAAUGGGGAGAUGGUGUACCAUAGUCUGCAGCUGGUGGCCUUUGCCGUGCUGGCGAUCUUGGUCAUGAGAAUCAAACUCUUCCUAGCCCCGCUGAUGUGCCUCAUGGCCUCCCUGAUCUGCUCUAGACAGUUGUUUGGCUGGAUAGGGGAGCACUUCAAGUCCCACAUCACUGUGUUUGGCAUCCUGUCCAUCAUGGCCAUCCAGGGCGUGGCCAACUUCCAGAGCCAGCGAGGAAUCGUAGGAGACUUCAGCAACCUGCCUCAGGAGCAGCUCCUGGAGUGGAUCAAUGCCAACACCAUGCCCAAUGCUGUGUUUGCUGGCUCCAUGCCAACCAUGGCGAGUGUGAAACUGUCCACUGGUAGAGCCGUCGUGAAUCAUCCCCACUACGAGGACACUUGGCAGAAGGAAAGAACCAAGUUGGUGUACACCAUGUACAGCCGUAAACCGGCCAAGGAGGUGAAGAGGAAUCUGAUGCAGCUGCAGGCAGACUAUUUCAUCCUGGAGGACUCCUGGUGUAACCGACGCUCCAGGCCAGGCUGCAGCAUGCCUGAGAUCUGGGACGUGGAGGAUCAGGAGAACAGAGGAAAGUUGCCGCUAUGUACCCUCCUAUCCAUCGACUCCCGACCUCACUUCACCACAAUGUUCGAGAAUAAAGUCUACAAGGUGCUGAAAAUCCCCAAAGAUGCCAAAUAGGACCUUUUAAUAUAGGGACAUCAUUUUGAUUAAACAUGUUCAAUUUCAA